GUUUUUAUUGUAAAAACCUUUAGACCUUUUGUGUAUAAUGCAACAGAGAUAAUCUGAGCAGGUUAAAGUCCCAGCCUCCAUCUGAGCCACUGGCAUUUCCCUUCAGCAGGACAGAUGGCCACAGCUGGAAAGGUCAUCAGGUGCAAGGCAGCAGUAGCCUGGGAAUUCAACCAGCCUUUGGUGAUCGAAGAGGUUGAGGUGGCGCCGCCUCAGGAGAAGGAGAUCCGGAUCAAGAUCGUGGCAACAGGAGUGUGUCAGUCCGAUCUGUACUUCCUGUGCAAAUGUCUGAAUAAGGUGACGCUCCCUGCAGUUUUUGGCCAUGAAGCAGCCGGUGUGGUGGAGAGCAUCGGACCCGGGGUCACAGAGUUCCAGCCGGGAGACACGGUGAUCCCGCUGUUCAUGCCUCACUGUCGGGAAUGCCGCUUCUGCAAAAGUCCCAAGACCAACCUCUGCGUCAACGGGUCGCUAGGUCAAAUCAAUGAGCGGAGCUUUGAGCAGUCCAGGAUCAGCUGCAGGGGCAGGAAGCUGCUGCAGUUCCUGGGAACCGGCACCUUCUCUGAGUUCACCGUGGUGAAGGAGAUUUGUUUGGCCAAGAUCGACCCGGCGGCGCCGCUGGACAAAGUCUGUCUGAUCGGCUGCGCCAUCUGCACCGGGUACGGAGCGGCCAUCAAUACCGCCAAGGUGGAAGCGGGCUCCAGCUGCGCCGUGUUCGGUCUGGGAGCCGUGGGCCUGGCUGCGGUCAUGGGCUGCAGGGCGGCAGGAGCCAGCAGGAUCAUCGCCAUCGACAUCAACCCGGAGAAGUUUGAGAAAGCCAAAGUGUUGGGAGCCACUGAUGUGGUGAACCCCAACGACCACAGCAGACCCAUCCAGCAGCUGCUGCAGGAGAUGACCGGGGGCGGAGUGGACUUCUCCUUCGAAUGCAUCGGGAAUGUGGAGGUCAUGCACAGCGCCUUGGAGUCGUGCGUUCCUGGCUGGGGGGUCAGCGUGAUCGUCGGCUGGACGGACAUGCAGAACUGCAGCGCCCCGCCCAUCCAGCUCAUGACCGGACGGAAAUGGACGGGAACUCUGUUUGGAGGGUUUAAAGGGAAGGACGGCAUUCCUCAGAUGGUCAAAGCUUACCUGGACAGGAAGCUGAUGGUGGACGAGUUCAUCACCCACAACCUGAGGCUGGACCAGAUCAACGAGGCCGUGGAGCUGAUGAAGAACGGCCAGUGCAUCCGGGCCGUGCUGAGCGUCUCUCCUCAGUGACGUCAUCGAGCGUCUGAACGGGAACGCCUCCAUCCUGUUGCCAGAUGUUAGAAAAUAAACGAACUGAUCUGGA